AUGCGUCGCUCGUUUUUAUCUGCUUUGGCCUUCGCCUCUGCUGUUUUGGCUCUGUCUCCUACCAUUACGCUCUCACACCCUGAAGCCACCAUUAUCGGGAUUCCCGGUGAAGUCGAGAGCUUCAAUGCUAUUCCUUUUGCGCAACAGCCUGUUGGGAACCUCCGUCUGAGAGCCCCGAUGCCAUUAGAAGAGCCUCUGGGUACCAUCGAAGCCACGGGUAUUUCCAAAUCAUGCCCUAACUUCUGGUUGACCACCGGCGCCCACGUACUGGAUGGCUCGCAAAAUCCACUGGAGGCUAUCCUCAACGAUCUUGUCGACCUGCCUCUUGACAUAGUGGGCGAGAUCCUCACAAGCCCAUUCUUCAAUGUCGCGACCAACACCGCUGAGGACUGUCUGUCCCUGAACAUCCGCCGCCCAGCCGGUACCACCAAGGAUUCUAAGCUCCCCGUCCUGUUCUGGAUCCACGGAGGUGGCUUUGAAUGGGGUGCUGCUUAUCAGUAUGAGGGCACGCCUCUGGUCCUAGACUCCAUUAACAUGGACAUGCCCUUCAUUUAUGUUGCAAUCGGCUAUCGUCUCGGUGGCUUUGGAUUCCUGGCCGGCAAAGAGGUCAAGGAAGCUGGCGUAUCAAACCUUGGACUGCUGGAUCAGCGUAUGGCUAUGCAGUGGGUGGCGGACAAUAUCGCUGACUUCGGUGGUGACCCGGAUAAGGUUACUAUCUGGGGCGAGUCCGCAGGCGCUAUUAGUGUCUUUGACCAAAUGGCCAUGUUCGACGGCGACAAUACCUAUAAGGGUAAACCGCUCUUCCGGGCCGCCAUGAUGGAUUCCGGAAGUGUCAUCCCUAUGGAGCCUGUGGACAGCGAGAAGAAUCAGGGUCUCUAUGACACCGUGGUGGACAAUGCUGGCUGCUCUGGCGCUAAAGAUACUCUGGAAUGUCUGCGCCAGGCUCCUUUUGAGACUUUUUACAAUGCGGCCAACUCGGUGCCCAACCUGUUCACCUACUACUCGAUAGAUCUAUCGUAUAUGCCUCGACCUGACGGGAAGAUCCUCACGGACAGCCCCGAUGUUCUUGUCAAGGAGGGAAAGACCGCUAAAGUCCCCUUCAUCAUUGGUGACCAGGAAGACGAAGGCACUCUAUUCGCGCUGUUCCAGCCCAACCUCACCUCCCAGGAGGAUAUGAUCGACUACAUGGCUCACGUCUGGAGACGCGCCUCUCGCGAGGAUCUUCAGGAGUUCGUUAAGACCUACCCUGAUGAUCUCGCUGCCGGAUCUCCUUACUACACCGGAAUUCUGUGGAACAUCUGGCCCAAGUUCAAGCGCAUGGCUUCCAUGCUCGGUGAUAUUGUCUUUAUUCUGCAGCGUCGCCUCCUCCUUGACACCGCCCAGGUCCCGUGCUGGACGUUCAUCUCGUCCUAUGACCGCGGCACUCCCAUCCUGGGUACAUUCCACAUCAGCGACAUCAUUCAGGUCUUCUACGGUGUGCUCCCCAAUUAUGCAUCUAAGGCUUUCCACACCUACUACUACAGCUUCAUCUACGAUAUGAAUCCUAACUCUCGUCGGGGCAAUCUUCCCGAGUGGCCUCAGUAUAGCGAGGGCCACAAGGCACUGAACAUGUUCGCCGGCGAGUCCAAGCUUAUAGUGGACGACUUCCGAAACGAGUCUUAUUCUGUUUUGCUUGACCACAUUGACACUUUCCGAUGGUAA